UAACCUAGUUUAGGCUAAAAUAUACCUUCUAUCCUUGAACCGAACGGAGAGAGCUUGUGAUCGAUUAAUGGCGGUGACAGCGUCGUCGUUAGCUAUAACGCCUUUGAUAUUCUCAACCGUUUUUGAAUGAUUGAGUUCAAUUGAAGUAAUUAUCGGAAAUUUGAGGAGAGAGAAAAGGAAAACUUUUCCAGAAAUCCUCAACCAUGUCAUUUCGCAUGGUAUCUAGAAGAAUUUUACCUCAUGUACUCAAGCACAAUACGCAGUCCUCUAGUUCUCAGUUCCAGAAAUUAUUUCAAUCAAUUGGACCAAGUAGUUAUGAAAUUAGGCAAAAACUUAGAUAUAGUUCAUGGUCAGGUAGAAAUCAUCAGAUUAUUCAACGAUAUCGUCUCGCUGCGUUUGAGCCAAGGCGUUAUUUUGCAUCCAAUAAUGUUGUUCAAGAGAAGAAGUCGCGAAAGAUGUUGUAUUAUUUGACUGCAUUGGUGUUUGGAAUGGUCGGAUGUUCAUAUGCUGCUGUCCCCUUGUAUAGGAGAUUUUGUCAAGCUACUGGUUAUGGCGGUACCGUUCAACGCCGUGAGACAGUGGAAGAAAAGAUUGCCCGGCAUACAGAAGACGGCACUGUCACCAAGAGAGAAAUUGUGGUUCAAUUCAAUGCUGAUGUUGCUGAUGGGAUGCAGUGGAAAUUUACUCCUACCCAAAGAGAGGUGCGGGUUAAACCAGGAGAAAGUGCUUUGGCAUUUUAUACUGCUGAAAAUAAAAGUUCAACUCCUAUUGUUGGUGUAUCCACGUAUAAUGUUACACCCAUGAAGGCGGCGGUCUACUUCAACAAAAUACAAUGCUUUUGCUUUGAGGAGCAGCGACUUCUUCCUGGAGAGCAGGUUGAUAUGCCUGUCUUCUUUUAUAUUGAUCCUGAAUUCGAGACUGAUCCUAGAAUGGAUGGCAUCAACAAUAUUAUCUUAUCAUAUACAUUUUUCAAGGUCUCUGAGGAGGCAUAAAAGAUAAAUGAGAUCCUGCUUGAUUGCAAAGUUGCAGAUCAUUACUACUUUUCCUUCCCCGUCUUACGUACGGCUCCUCAAACUAAAUUAGCCAUCAUCAGGUUAUCGGGUGAUUGCAAAGUUGCAGAUAAAUACGACUUUUCUACUCUAGCUAAGUAUGGCUGCUUAAACCUGUUAGCCAUUAUAUAAUGGAUGGCUGAUUACAUUUCUAUAAUAAUUUUUUUCCUACUCUCAUCCAUACCCGCUUCAUAAGCAGCUAGAUUAGAAAUUAAAGGCUUUCCUGCUCCGGCUAAGUGUGGCUGCGUAAAUCUAUUAGCCAUUAUAAUGGCUGGUUGAUUACAUUUCUAUAAUAAGUUUUUUCCUACUCUCAUCCAUACCUGCUUCAUAAGCAGCUAGAGUAGAAAAUAUAGUCAAUUACAUUUUCAUGUAGCAUCACAUCAUUUUUGCUACUGGCAGAAGAUUUUGAAGUAUAUUCUGUUGUAGUCAUUACUUAUCGUA